UUGCCAAUCGACCUGUGCGGGGACGUGGAGAGCCCCUGGAGCGGCGCGCACGGCCUGGGCCAUGCUGGACUUCGCGAUCUUCGCCGUUACCUUCCUGCUCAUCCUGGUGGGGGCCGUGCUCUACCUCUAUCCGCGGAUCCCUUUGAAAUGAUGCUAAAGUCCCUGUUGAGGUACCAGUCUGGACUCAGUGGAGAUGCGGGGGAGAGUCACCUGAGGAAAAAGCUGUAUGAAAACGGUGUGACCAAGUCCCUGCAGAGUAAUUUUGCUGUCAUCCAGAAGCUGUCUGAAGAGUUGCUAGCAAAAUGGCUGUCUUUUCCUGAGUCUCAACAUGUGCCCCUUUGCCAACACAUGCUGGGCUUUGCCAUGAAGUCUGUCACACAGACAGCAAUGGGCAGUAGCUUUGAAGAUGACCGGGAAGUAAUUCACUUUCGCAGGAACCAUGAUGCGAUCUGGGCAGAAAUUGGAAAGGGUUUCUUGGAUGGGUCACUUGACAAAAGUAUGACCAGGAAAAAGCUAUAUGAAGAUGCUCUGAUGGAGAUGGAAUCCGUCUUAAAGAAAGUCACAAAGGAGCGGCGGGGCAGGAGCUUCAACCGACACGUCUUCAUAGACUCCUUACUGCAGGGGAACCUGAGUGACAAGCAGAUCCUGGAAGACACGAUGAUAUUCUCUCUGGCAGGGUGUGUAAUCACGGCUAACCUGUGCACCUGGGCAGUCUAUUUCCUGACAACAUCAGAAGAAGUCCAGCAGAACCUCUACAAGGAGGUGGACCGAGUUCUCGGAAAGGGCCCACUUACACAUGAGAAAAUUGAGCAGCUCAGGUACUGCCGGCAGGUCCUGUGCGAGACGGUGCGGACAGCAAAGCUUACGCCAAUUGCUGCACGGCUGCAGGAGCUGGAGGGAAGAAUUGACCAGCAUAUUAUCCCCAAAGAGACUCUUGUGCUUUAUGCUCUGGGUGUGGUGCUUCAGGACAGUUCAGCUUGGGCCUCACCCUAUAAAUUUGAUCCAGACAGAUUCAAUGACGAAUCCGCUAUGAAAAACUUUUCCCUACUGGGCUUUUCGGGAAGUCAGGAGUGCCCAGAGUUGAGGUUUGCCUAUAUGGUGGCUACAGUGCUGCUGAGUAUGUUGGUAAGGAAAUUAUAUCUGCAUCCCGUGAAAGGGCAGGUCAUGGAGACCAAAUAUGAGCUGGUAACCUCGCCAAAGGAAGAAGCAUGGAUAACUGUAUCCAAGAGAAGCUGAGUGAACAAACCCAGGAGUGAGUGCGAGAGAGAGCGCCUCAGAGAGGAACCCUCCCACAUCAUGCUGAACUGGUCAAGGGUUUAAUGUCACUGUUUCAUUACCUUCCAUGUUCUUAACCCAGCAGCCUUUUGGUAUUUUUUGUAGAGCAAAAAAAUUGUCAUAUUAAAGUAGAUUUAAUCCUUA